GCGUACGGUUGGGUGCACAGUGCAGUAACGACCAGAGAAGGAAGCGGAGUUUCCGGCUAUUUGCAGCGGAGGGGGAGGAUUGCUGACACUGCGAAUCCCCGAUAAAAAAGCCGCCGGCUCGGGGGCUAGCAAUUCGGCAUCGGAAGUAAUCAUUCUCAUUCAUAUCGGGGGUAGGGUUGGUGAAUUACAAGCCAAGGGUACAGAGAGGAAGACCAGAGUAACAGCAAAAGGCGGGGUGACCCACCAACUACCGGCAUGGCCAGGGACUACGAUUACCUCUUCAAGCUGCUCAUCAUCGGUGACAGUGGAGUGGGGAAGAGCAGUCUCCUUCUGCGGUUUGCAGACAACACAUUUUCAGGUAGCUACAUCACCACGAUUGGAGUGGACUUCAAGAUCCGGACAGUGGAGAUCAAUGGGGAGAAGGUGAAGCUGCAGAUCUGGGAUACGGCAGGACAGGAGCGCUUCCGCACCAUCACCUCCACGUACUACAGGGGAACGCAUGGGGUCAUAGUGGUAUAUGAUGUCACGAGUGCCGAGUCCUUUGUCAAUGUGAAACGAUGGCUUCAUGAAAUCAACCAGAACUGUGAUGACGUAUGUCGAAUAUUAGUGGGAAACAAGAAUGAUGACCCCAACUCAAAGGUGGUGGAGACGACUGACGCACAGAAGUUUGCAGAGCAGAUGAGCAUCAACCUCUUUGAGACGAGUGCAAAAGAGAACAUAAAUGUUGAAGAGAUGUUUAACUGCAUCACAGAGCUAGUGCUGAGAGCCAAGAAGGAGGUGAUGGCCAAGCAGCAGCAGCAGCAGAAACAGAAUGACGUGGUCAAACUCACCAAGAACAGUAAACGAAAGAAAAAGUGCUGCUAGCGAACUCAAACCCACUCACAAAGUCCAGCAGCGUCUGUUCCAGAGAACACACACAGGAUGGGACUCCAAGCAUCUAAAUUAAGACGAGAUAGAUUUAAUAAAUAUACAAUGAAAAAAAAGUCCCCUUUGGACAAACAAAUCAUGAAGACUUAAAAAAAUACAUGUACAGAUUUUAUUAGAAGUCAGAAGUUUUAUUUGGAAUUCAGCAGAUGAGCACUAUUUAACAGUGAUCCUCCUUUCUUGAAGGAUCUGCAAGCAGACAAGUGAUGGCCAUAAUGCUCAGAUGUCUAUAUGCCUAUACAAAUAUUCUUACAUCGGUAUCUAUUUUGUCCUUGUCAUUACACUUCACACAGGAUAUUAUGAGUCAAGUGAAACUCUGCACCUGAAGUGGAGGACUCACUUUUUUGGAUGAUUUUUAGUUUUGGGGGAGGGGGUUCACAACCUUUGUACAUUUUUAUUUUGACAUUUCAGACACCUGUAUGGCUCAUCCCAACCCAUUAUAAACUUCUAGUUUGUUUUUGGACUUGAUGGGGAAAAAAUCAUGAGGAUGAUGAUUGAUAGGCAACCAUUAGCAGCUAAUCUAAAGGACAGAACUGGUGACUUCUAUCUUAUCUUUGGUUAUCUUUUUUUGCCAAGCUUUUUCUCCUCUUCCCUUUAAUCUCCAGCCAACGACCGGUUUUUAGAGAGAUGUUCAGAGCAGUGAACCACUCCCAUGGCCCUGGCUGGGAGACAAUGCUCUGCCAUCACCACUCACUGCAGUCUUAUUGUGCGCUAAGUUUGCUUUUAAAAGAAAAAAAAUCGUCCACUUUUUUAAAACAAUGAUACUGCCAAUAUGAUGUGAAUGAAAGAGUUAGAAGCUCUGUGUCUCCCCCUAUUGGACUGUUGCCAUAGAAGCCCAAUGGGUGUAGUAGUUUGGGGUUAGGGUCUGUAGGGGCCCGGGUAGCCCUCAGGGAGAGAGCCCAGGAACCACUCUCUCUAACCACACUCCAGCCUCUGGCCUCUCUACUCCCAUGCACCAAACACCUCAUAUCAACACCUCUCACAGCUAUGGAUUCAACCCCGUUAGCUGCAGUCAGUUGUGGGGCAUUUUAAUUAUAACAUCUUUAUCAGUGCAGGGUGCAUUUGGUUUGUGCCAGGAGGAAAUGGGAGGUUUAUUGUAGUUGGUGCAGUGACCCUGAUCCAUAGCAGACUGUGGUUAGCCUUGUGUGUGUGUGUAUGUUCAGCACGUAACACUGUUUGAAGGGGUAUGUAUAAGGUAUCUGAUAUGCAUUUUAGUAUUCAUAAACUAUCAAGGAGCUUGCAAAAUGUUCUGAACUGUUAACACGUGUAUGCCUGGUGGUGUCGUCAUGUUUUUAUCUAGGACUUGUCACUAUCUGGUUACCUGUUUAACUGAAGUCUUACUAUCCAGUGUUCUGCUUGACUGUGAGUGUGUGGCAGGCUGGCAGUGAGAGACAGGUUCCUCCCUGAGGGUCUGCUAUGGGGGAGCAUUAGUGAUGGAGAAAUAGGAACCUUGACCUCAGCACUUUCCUACACACAUCGGGGCCCUGAAUACCUCUCCCUCUGCUUGAGGGUAACUGGUGUGGGCUGAGGUGGCCAUGAUGUGGGUUUGGGAAAUCUCUAUGUGACCGUAACCAGACAACCAUUGAGGUGGGAAACAUGACAGUGCCACAACCUGAGCUCAGGGUGAUGCAAGCCAAGCAGUGGAGAAAUGGUAUCAAAUUCCAGACUGUAUGAUUUCUAUUCAUUAUGUGUAUGUAUGUGUAUAUAAAUAUAGUUGUGUGUUUAUAUUCAAUAUAUAGAACAUACACACAUUCGCACACAUAAUUGUGCAUGCAUUGACAUGCAUUGUGUGCUAUGGUUGAAACACACUUAUCAGCUGUGGUUUGCUGUACACUGGAGAAAAGAGAUGUACUAUUCCGUUCCCCUACAUGAAUUUAAUCAAUAAACGUUUUAAAAGAAUAAAUAUUUGACAAAAUGA